UUUAUGGCGUGAUGAAGUAAUCAUAUUCCUAUUAUUUGCGUAAUUCACUAAAGGUGGAGAUGACAAAGGAAUUCCCAUAUAAUUUUAUUGGACGAAUGAUUCAACUUUUAUUCAUAAAUGCACCUGCGCAGAGGUUAAGGCCGGCACUGCCAAAUGUCAAGAAGAUACACAGACCUUUCCGGUGUGUGAAAAAAACAGUCUUUUUCUCGGUUGGAAAUAUAUUAAUUUUCAAGUAACGGCUUGUAGUGACGGCGCGCAUCCAAUAGUUUUCCCAAAUAUACAAGUUUGAUAGUGUCAGACCCGAACAUAAUCACAUUUCACAUUGUUCAGUUCAAAUAACUCGCAGGCACGGGUCCAAUUCAAACUUCCUAAAGUGUUUUCGCAAAAAACAUCUAGGAAGCCUUGAGCAUGAAUUUAGCGGGAAAUUCCGCAAAGUUAAGCCGUCGUAGUCGCAAAUCAAACCACGUACGUCCCUUUGCCAGCGAGAACGGGCACAUUGGCAUUCAUCACCAAAGUGGAAUCGAAGAACUUUUCAGUUCAGAGAAGGCAACAAAGGAUGCAGCGACCAGUUCAAAAAACACCACAAAAUCACGUCGUAGGAACCGUAAACCGAAAAAUCCACGACCUCUCAUUGAUCACGGAACUCAACAAGUCAACGCUUCAGAAAAUGCAACAAAACCCAACGAGAAAGUACCACCCGAGCGCGAUACCAUUCCUACAAUAAAUCCCGGGAAAUCACGCCAGCGCAAUCGAAAAGCAGGAAAAACCCGGAACGCUAUUGAUGAAAAUGAUUGUAUUCAACUUCAGCGUGAAAUUCAAGCGUUUCUUCUCUCAGAGGAGACUACAAAGAUAAUGUCGAACUCACUUACAAAGGAUCAGCGCGCCUACAUUCAUAAACAGGUCCCUAAAAUGGGGUUAAUGUCGCGUAGCCAUGGCAAAGGUGCUGACCGCUGUCUGACCAUCUACAAGCCCGUCAACCAGGCCUCGAUAGAAACGAACAUUGAGUGCAUCCUCACGGAUCAAGCCCAAUCGUUGGUCACCAAGCUAAAAUCCACCCUCAACCUGUCGGCACUAUUCAACCAUGAAAACAGCACCAGCGAAACCAGCCGAAUGGCAACUCAGCCUGGGUUGACGGUGAGCAAUAUAACCCACAAGUUGAUUCCCAGACCAAGCAUAAAGUCCAAUAGAGUAAUCACAGACCGAAGUGCCCUCCCUAUCUAUCAAUACCGAUCUGAAAUCGUCCAAACAAUAGCCACUGAUCAAGUUGUGAUUAUCAGUGGGGAAACGGGCUCGGGGAAGUCCACUCAAGUACCGCAGUACAUAAUCGAGGAGGCUACAGUGGCGAAAGUUCCCUGCCGAAUCGUUUGCACCCAACCGCGGCGUAUUGCAGCAAUCUCAAUAGCUGAACGCGUCGCAUAUGAACGUUCAGAAAAAGUAGGGAACACCGUCGGCUAUCAAAUCCGUCUAGAAAACAACUUCAAACCAACCACAAACCUAAUCUACGCAACAAGCGGAUGCUUUAUCCGCGCCCUAAUGAGCGACGCAAGUCGAGCAUUCCAUGGUGUUACGCAUUUAAUUGUUGACGAGAUCCACGAGCGUGAUAAAAACACAGAUUUCCUCCUAAUCGCAUUGCGUGAUGAGCUCGCCCGGAACAAGAAGCUCAAAGUUAUCCUCAUGUCGGCCACGAUGAACAUCGGUUUACUUUGCGGCUACUUCCACGGUUGUCAUGUUAUCAAAGUCCCCGGAAGAUGCUUCGAAACAAGAACCUUCUUCCUUGAAGAUAUAUUGUUUUUCCUCAAAUACGAAACCGCAGAAAUGCGAAAUUAUCUUAAGAUUAUGUCGGAAUCUGAAUCAAGCAAAGACAGGCGUUCUCUUCCAAACGCAGAAGAACACAUAACCCAGGAACUGGACGAGGAAACCAGAAAAUUCGUGGAUGAUUUAAUUACGUCCUGCCGUGAACAAGCAGACGAUUUGGCUUCAGAGUUGUUCGAGCAACUGAUUUACCUAAUUGAAGGUGAGGGACUGCCGGUAGACGUGCGACAUAGCACCAAUCUAUGCACACCUCUCAUCGCGGCAGCUAUUCGCAAUAAUCUGAAGUAUCUUCAUCGAUUUCUAGAAAAAGGCGCUGAUCCAUACAAAACGGAUAUCUGGAGUCGAAACGCAUUCGACUAUGCAAGCAUGCAUGAAAAUUCCGCUUGCCUGGAUCGACUCAAUAAAGCGUUUCGACAGGACGAAUCAGAUAAUAAUUCAAAACGCAUAUUACUGGCAUAUCAGCGGCAAUUUUCCAAUGAAUAUGACGAUGAAAUCGACCACAAACUACUCCUGACGCUUUUGCUUACCAUUAACCAAGCCGACUCGCUGGGCAGCAUUCUCGUGUUUCUGCCCGGCUACAAUGAUAUGAUUACGCAAAAGGAAAUGAUCGAGAGUGAAUUCGCAUAUGAAAGCUAUAAAUUGUUCUUAAUUCACAGCACUAUGAGCAUGCAUGACCAAAGAAUGGCAUUCAAACCGGCCAAUGUCCGGAAAAUCAUACUUGCAACGAACAUCGCGGAAACUUCUAUCACAUUUCCAGACGUCUCCUAUGUAGUCGACACCGGCUACGUGAAGCAGUAUGUCUACGAUUCGACAACAUGCUCGAGCUAUUUGAAAUCCGUGCCGAUAUCCAAGGCAUGUGCAAAACAACGAGCAGGACGGGCCGGCAGAACACAAACCGGAAUAUGUUACCGCCUAUACUCCUCAGCCAAGUAUGAAGCCAUGAGCGAGUUUGCAAUACCCGAGUUCCUGCGGAUACCUCUAAUGGAAGUAUGCCUAUACGCAAAGGAGAUCAAUGAGAGGGCAUCGAUAGUAGAAUACCUAUCCAAAGCCCUGGAACCACCUUCUAAAGUGAGCAUUUUAAACGCCAUCCAAAAGCUAACCAUGCUGGGGGCUCUGGACAAAGAUGAGAAUAUGACGAUCUUGGGCAAGCGAUUGGUUAACAUGCCGGUUGAUGUCCAGAUGGGAAAAUGCCUUCUGUAUGCAAUCCUUUUCCGUUGUUUGGACCCUGUCCUCAUCAUUGCCGCCUAUUAUUCGGUGAAGGAUCCAUUUUUGUUACCGUCCGACCGCUCAGAGCGCGGUCGUAUCGAUAGAAUUCGCAAGGAAUUGUGUGAAAAUGUGAUUAGCGAUCAUUUGGGUAUAAUUCGACUCUAUCAAAAAUGGCGAACCAGUUUAAGACUCCAAACCGAAUCACGAUUUUUAAUUGACUAUAACCUAUCCAAGUCCUCACUGGAAAUGAUGUGCGCGGUACAGAAUCACAUUUCAGACUAUAUAAAGAGAACGGCCCUCCCCAAUGGGGUGAAGUACAACGUGCUGAACGCGAACUCGAACGAUUGGAAUAUCAUUCGAGCAUGUUUGUCAGCAGGAUUGUAUCCUAAUGUGGCGCACGUUGAUCGGAUUAAGGGGAAGAUCAGAACUCAAUAUGAGAAGUCGGUUGUAUUCCAUCCCAGCUCGGUACUUAAACAAUCUACACGCAAAAACGAAAAAAUAGCGCUAGAUACAAUAACAACAGAUUGGAUUCUCUUCACUGAGAAAUCAAGGUUCGGCCGGAUGGCUUUCCUGCGAUAUAACACUAUCGUAACCCCUUUGAACAUCGCUAUUUUUUGCGGUGGCUUGAACUCAACAAUGAUGAAUGGUGAAGAUGAAGUGGAUGAAGACAUCAAUCUAGCUUCCCAUGAAGAUGAUGAUCAAUUUUUGAAUGACGAUGACGAGGAGGUAGAUGAAGAUGACGAUGCAAAUCAAGCUAAUUUCAAGCUAUUUGUAGUUGACGAAUGGAUCACGUUUCAUCUACAAAAAUCUGAAUAUUAUGCGCUCACCCAGCUGAAGGAGAUAUGCCAAAACACUUUCAUAGAGUUUCUGAGCAAUGGACGAAACUGGGAACCCAAUCAGUAUUCAAAGUUUCUUGAUACAUUAAAACAGAUACUGCACUUUGAUAAUAUAGAACAAUUUGGAGAUAUUAGUCAGCCCUUCGAUGAUAGCUACUUGCCAAGACGCUAUGAUACAAUGAUGAAUAUGAAACAUUUUCGAAUGGAUAGAAAUUCGAAAUAGGGACGAGGGAACAGAUGAUCUUAAGAUUAUAGUGUGAAGUUUAGAUAAAUUAAGUUAGGUUUUAUUGUAUUUUUGGUUGAAGAGGAAUUACAAGAGAUUGGAAAUGAUUGUAUAGAUUAAAAGAAAAAUUGUAUAUAUUUCGGGUUUGGGCACCUACGACCAGUAAAUUGCAUGUAUUUGCAUGAAUUUGAAUGAAUCACUUUUUUAUCUUAAGGUGUAGCUGAUUCUUUUUGGUAAUAAAUAAGUUGUUGAUGUC